UUUAAUUAUAAUACAGAUAGAUUUUUAAACACUUUUUAUGGGACCAUCUAACAUUCGAUCUUAAUAGUUUUUAUACCAUUAAUAAGGCGUGUUAAUUUAGCGAUUCACAUUAAAAUUUCCUCGAUUCAUAUCGACUUAGAUAGCGAAUUCCGGGCAGCGUACUCUCCUGUUUAGAUUGGAAUCGCAUCUGGGCGAUCCGCGUAGAGGCAAUCUAUAUUGUGUAUACUUGGCAGGCUGCCCGGCACACAAGCAGCGUAAACAUUUGCCCCAUCGGAUGGAUGGGGGAGAGCUCCGACAUCGGAGAUCGAGAAUCUGGCAUUUGGAGAGCAUUUCGCUGAUGCGAUUGAGUUGGAGGAGAGAGCACCGAGUUCAGUCGGUCGAAGGAGCACGCCCCGGGCAGUCGCCAAUUAAAUUUGAGAAAAUAUUUGUAAACUAUUUGUAAACUCGUAAAGAGGAUUCAUAUUCAAAUCGCCCUCAAAUAUCUGCGGCAUGUUCAAAGUGUCACAGGAGAUGCGUCUCAACACGCAGGCAGCCACCUCGGCCUCCACUUCCACCUCCAGUUCGAGUGGCCUGGAUGGCAAUAGUCCGGAGGAGGGCGGUAUUUUUGGACGCUACCAGCGGACGCCCGAUGCGGAUGCCUAUCCCUCGGAAACGCCGCGCGUCUAUGUGGCACCCGAGCUGACCGACGCCGGCAAGGUGCAGCUGCUCCACUUUCCCAGCGGAGCGGUGAGGGUCAACAGCCCGCUGGGCUUCAUCAUCAAGCGCAACGGGGUCAAGGGAAACUUCGAGGUGCGCGUCGAGGGUCCCAGUGGCCAGCCCAUCCAGCCCGUGCGGCAGCAGCAGCUGGAUCCGGAGCGCUUCCAGAUCGAUUGCCAACUGGCCGCCGGAGCGGGUCUCUACAAGGUGCACAUCAAGUGCAAUUCCGUCACCCUGCCCCGCUCACCAUUCAUCAUCGUGGCCAUAGCAGGUGCUCCCGAAUCCAUCGAGGGCAAACCUGCGAGCUCUUCCGGUAUGUUUUAUCAAGAAAAGUGCACCCAAGUUGAGAUAAUCAAUGAGCAAUGGUCUGUUUUAGUGCCCACCUUGGAUUCGGAUGCCAGCAGAGUGCAGAGCCGUGGCCUGGGACUCACCCAUGUCAGCUUGGUGGAGCGCAAUGAGUUCACCGUGGACUGCAGCCAAGCGGGAAGCAACCUGCUCCUGGUGGGGGUGCUGGGGCAACGCGGUCCCAGCGAGGAGGUGGUGGUCAGGCAUCUGGGCCGUGGCAUUCACAGGGUGACCUACCGAGUGUGCGAUACCGGCGACUACAUCCUGGUGGUCAAGUGGGGCGAGGAGCACGUACCGGGCUCACCGUUCAGCUUAAGUGCGGAUUAGCCGUACAAUAUAAAUGUGCCAGUAUAAAUCAGCUGACCUUGAUGGGGCGCCACUACCACCCAUCAGCCGCCUCCUCAGUGGAAUCCUGAGCAGCUCCUCCGGGCGAUGUGCUCCCUAAUGAUGAUUGCCGAUGAUAGCGUUAUGGGUGCUCCAGCCGCGUUCCUUGUUGGCCUUUCCCCCACUAAUGACGUUCGCAUUUGGGAGCUGAUGCUGUCGGCGCCUCACAACCUAAUGAUGAUGACCGGCGAAUGUGGGUAAACUGAGUUUGUGGGGGCAAAUAGUAAUGUGUACAGCCGAGGUUGAUGCAAUAGUCAGAAGUAUGUAAUAAAAAUACAACAUUUUAGAUUUUAGCAUGCAUUUACCAAUAACAAUGUGUUAAUAACCAUAUAUAAUAAAUGUACUAAAAUAACAAUUAUAUAAAAGAGUACCAUGUUAAGAGUGCCAUAUUAAAAAUCAUACACAAUGAAAUAAUUUAAGUACCAUACUCUAUAAAAAAAAAAAAUUGGGGUUUUGUAUAUGUGGUUAAUUUACGGCUAUUAUUGAACUGACCAUCACUGUUCAUAGAAAUGAUUAAAGGCGG